UGCUGCUGCUUUUUGACCAGCUUGGAUGCUUUAUCCUUUAACUACGGAAUUAAGUUGUUAUUAUGGGACACUCAACCUAAACAGUUUUAUUUAUCUUCCUCUAACUAAACUACCCCGUGUAUUAAUGUGACGUACACUGUCCACAGAGGACGUGCCGCUGCUAGAAACUUUGUAUAAAAUCUGACUAACGUUAGCAUGCUAGCAGGCUAAGAGAGCUGGCAGCUGACUGAAGCUUUGAGCUUAUUUACAGCUUAUUUUAUAAACUUGUGAAAGUAUAACGGGAGAAUGAAUGACAGCCAGAACAAACCUUUUCCUGGUUUCCACCGGUAAAUGGACUAAGCUUAGUUUAACUGUUUAGAUAACAGUUAUGUUGAAGAUACUGGGGACAUAAAUACUGUAAGUGGAGUGAAAAUGGAGGAGAAAUACAGCAGCAACGUCCUUUCUGGAAGUAAACUGGGAAUGGUGGAGGUGCCCAAUUCCAGGUUAACCAGAUACAUCGUUUUACUGGUUGUCUCAAAGGUCCUCAAGGCACUCGGGAUCUUUGAAUCAUACGAUAUCCUAAAAGUUGUUCACAUUGUCCAGUUCAUUUUCAUACUAAAAUUAGGGAGUGCUGUCAUUCUGCUUUUCUUUCAAAAGCCUUUCUCCUCUGGUAAAGUCAUCACAAAAAGACAGUGGAUAAAGUUACUAAAGCACGCCGUUUUCAGCUGUGUUAUAUACCUACUGGGAUUCUUUGGUCUAACUCUCUGUGGACCUCUAAGGACGUUGUUGCUUUUUGAGCACAGUGAUGUGGUGGUCAUCGCUCUCCUCGGUGUGCUGUUUACCAGCUCAGGAGGAGGGCCAUCCAAGACCAGAGGUGCUGCUCUGUUCAUCAUCGCUGUGAUCUGCCUCCUCCUCUUCGAUAACGAUGACCUCAUGGCAAAGAUGGCGGAGCACCCUGAGGGGCAUCAUGACAGCGCUCUCACUCAUUUCCUCUACACUGCCAUCGCAUUUUUAGGGGUUGCAGAUCAUAAAGGAGGUGUUGUGUUGCUGGUGGUCUCCCUGUGUCUAAAGGUGGGCUUCCACACGGCCUCCAGGAAACUGUCAGUGGAAAUCGGAGGAGCAAAACGCCUCUACGCCCUCGACAACCUGGUUUCUUCUAUAGUGCUCCUGCCCUGGGUCAUAGUGCUCUCAGCCACUACAGAAAGUAAAGUAGAAUCGUGGUCGUCCCUCAUCCUGCCUUUCGGGAUGAUCAUCUUCUCCGUGAUGAUCCUGGAGUUUUACGUGGAGGCCGUCUGCAGUGCGAAGAUGGAGACUCCGAGGUGCGCCCGCUACGGUGCCAUCGCCCUCUUCCUCAGCGCCCUGCUGCUGGCCAACUUCUGGACUCACCCGCUGACCGACCAGCUGCGCUCCAUGAGCAAACCGCCCCAGCAGGUCAGCACGGAGCAUGUGCUCUCAGGAGGAGUGAUAGUCAGCGCCGUCUUCUUCAUCAUGUCAUCCAGUAUUCUUUCGUCUCCAUCAAGAAAAGGUCAGAAGGGCACCCUGGUGGGUUACUCACCUGAAGGGACCCCUCUAUACAACUUCAUGGGCGAUGCCCUGCAGCACACAUCACAGUCCCUCCCACGGUUCAUCAAAGACUCCCUGAAACAGAUCCUAGAGGAGUACGACUCCAGACAGAUCUUCUACUUCCUGUGUCUCAACCUGGCUUUCACCUUUGUGGAGCUCUUCUACGGCGUCUGGACCAACAGCCUGGGACUGAUCUCAGACGGCUUCCACAUGCUGUUCGACUGCUCCGCUUUAGUCCUCGGCCUGUUCGCUGCCCUCAUGACCCGCUGGAAAGCCACCAGGAUCUUCUCUUAUGGAUACGGUCGUGUUGAAAUACUUUCUGGGUUCAUCAAUGGUCUGUUCCUGAUGGUCAUUGCUUUCUUUGUCUUUAUGGAGUCAGUCACCCGUUUGUUGGAUCCUCCUAAUAUAAACACAGACAUGCUGACUCCGGUGUCUGUCGGAGGAUUACUGGUCAACCUGGUGGGUAUCUGCGCUUUCAGUCACGCUCACUCCCACGGCGGCAAAAGCUGCUCAUCGCACGACCACGGCCACUCGCACCACGGCCAUUCCCACAGCGAGCACAGCCAUGGAGGUCACGGACAUUCUCAUGGAGGGCACGGUCACGGUGGGCAUGGUCACGGCAGCCACGGUCACAGCAGCCACGGACACGGAGGACACGGGCACUCCCAUGGAUCGGGCGGCGGAGGCAUGAACGCCAACAUGAGAGGCGUUUACCUUCACGUCCUCGCCGAUACGAUGGGCAGCGUCGGCGUGAUCAUCUCCACCAUCCUCAUCCGUCAGUUCGGCUGGUUGAUCGCCGACCCCAUCUGUUCGCUGUUCAUCGCCACACUAAUUUUCCUCAGCGUCAUCCCUCUGCUGAAGGACGCCUGCGAGGUUCUUCUUCUCCGAAGUCCCCCAGAGAAUGAGAAAGACCUGAACAUCGCUCUAGAAAAGAUUGAGAAGAUUGAAGGAGUUUUGUCGUACAGAGACCCUCAUUUCUGGAGACAUUCAGCCAACAUGAUCGCAGGGACCAUCCACCUCCAGAUCAUGUCAGAUGUGGUGGAACAGAGGAUCAUACAGCAGGUGACGGCUAUUUUGAAAGACGCUGGGGUGAAUAAUCUCUCAGUGCAGGUGGAGAAGGAGGCGUACUUUCAGCACAUGUCAGGACUCAGCACCGGAUUUCAUGAAGUUCUUGCUAUGACGCAGCAGAUGGAGUCCAUGAAUUACCUGAAAGAUGGGACGUGUAUAAUGUAACGUUCCAACCUGUGGGACCAAACGAAACUUUAUUGAUUCAAAAACUCAGUCGCUUUUUCAUUGAAAUGUACAGUAUAUGUAUUUGGUUUAAAUAAAUCUGAAUAUAUUGGUUUUA